CGUCCUGUAGGCCCCGCCCUCUUCCGGGUCUGAGUUCUCGGCUCGCAUGGCUGGCGGCAGACGCGUGGGUCCCGGCCCGCGGUCGCGUGCCGCCAUGGCGCCGUGGAAGAAGAAGGGGCUGCGGAAGCGCCGGACUGGUGCUUCCCAGGCUCGCGACAGCGAAUCAGAGGACGGCGAGUUCGAGAUCCAGGCGGAGGAUGACGCUCGGGCGCGGAAGCUGGGCCCCAGCAGAGCCUUGCCCUCCUUCCCUACCUCGGAGUGCAUAUCAGAUGUGGAGCCCGACACUCGGGAGUUGGUACGAGCCCAGAACAAGAAAAAGAAGAAGUCUGGAGGCUUCCAGUCCAUGGGCUUGAGCUACCCUGUGUUCAAAGGGAUUAUGAAAAAGGGCUACAAGGUGCCAACGCCCAUCCAGAGGAAGACCAUUCCGGUGAUCUUGGAUGGCAAGGACGUGGUGGCCAUGGCCCGGACAGGCAGCGGCAAAACAGCAUGCUUCCUCCUCCCGAUGUUUGAGCGGCUGAAGGCACGAAGCGCACAGACCGGAGCCCGGGCCCUCAUCCUCUCGCCCACCCGGGAGCUCGCCCUGCAGACUAUGAAAUUCACUAAAGAGCUGGGCAAGUUCACCGGCCUCAAGACAGCCUUGAUCCUGGGUGGGGACAAAAUGGAAGACCAGUUUGCUGCCCUGCACGAGAACCCUGACAUAAUCAUUGCCACCCCUGGGCGGUUGAUGCACGUGGCUGUGGAGAUGAAUUUGAAGCUACAGAGUGUGGAGUAUGUGGUUUUUGAUGAAGCGGACAGGCUCUUUGAAAUGGGGUUUGCUGAACAGCUACAGGAGAUCAUAGGCCGCCUUCCUGGAGGCCACCAAACAGUGCUGUUCUCGGCCACACUGCCCAAACUGCUGGUGGAAUUUGCUCGGGCAGGUCUCACAGAGCCUGUGCUCAUCCGUCUGGAUGUAGACACCAAGCUCAAUGAACAGCUCAAGACCUCCUUCCUCCUUGUGCGCGAGGACACCAAGGCUGCUGUGCUUCUCUACCUGCUGCGUAAUGUUGUUCGGCCCCAGGACCAGACGGUGGUGUUUGUAGCUACAAAGCACCACGCAGAGUACCUCAUGGAGUUGCUGACAGCCCAGGGUGUGAGCUGCGCCCACAUCUAUAGUGCUUUGGACCAGACAGCCCGUAAAAUCAACUUGGCGAAGUUCACACACAAUAAAUGUUCCACCCUCAUCGUGACUGACCUGGCCGCCCGGGGCCUGGACAUCCCACUGCUGGACAACGUCAUCAACUAUAGCUUUCCUGCCAAGGGCAAGCUCUUCCUGCAUCGUGUGGGUCGUGUGGCCCGAGCAGGCCGAAGUGGCACAGCCUAUUCCUUGGUGGCUCCAGAUGAGGUUCCCUACCUGCUUGACCUGCACCUGUUCCUGGGCCGCUCCAUCACCCUCGCCCAGCCUCAUGAGGAACCCUCAGGUGCAGUUGGCAGGGAUGGCGUGCUGGGUCGGGUGCCUCAGACUGUGGUGGAUGACGAGGACAGUGGCCUGCAGACUGCCCUGGAGGCGUCACUGGACCUUCGGGGCCUGCACCGUGUGGCCGACAACGCUCAGCAGCAGUAUGUGCGCUCUCGUCCAGCGCCCUCACCUGAGUCCAUCAAGAGAGCCAAGGAGCUGGACCUGGCAGGGCUGGGCUUGCACCCACUCUUCAGCUCCCGCUUUGAGGAGGGGGAACGGCAGCGCCUGAGGCUGCUGGACAGCGUCAAGAGCUACCGCACCCGCACAACCAUCUUUGAGAUCAACGCCUCCUGCCGGGACCCAAGCAGCCAGAUGAUGCGUGCCAAGCGGCAGAGGGACCAAAAAGCUAUCGAUAGCUUCCAGCAGGGGCGGCAGGAGAGGCAGGAGAGCCCAGCUGACCCAGUCCCCCAAAAGGAGCUGCCUCAGAAGGAAGAGGGAGAGGAGGACAUGGCUGAGAGUGUGGAGGAUGUCUUCACAGAGGUUGUGGGCCAGAAGCGGUCAAAGCCAGGACCCAACCGAGGAGCCAAGAGGCGGAGGGAGGAGGCUCGUCAGCGAGACCAGGAGUUUUAUGUCCCCUACCGGCCCAAGGAUUUUGACAGUGAGCGGGGGCUGAGCAUCGGUGGGACCGCAGGGGCCUUUGAGCAGCAGGUGGCUGGUGCGGUCCUUGAUCUGAUGGGGGAUGAGGCGCAGAACAUGAGCCGAGGUCGGCAGCAGCUCAAGUGGGACCGGAAGAAGAAGCGGUUUGUGGGGCAAUCAGGCCAGGAGGACAAGAAGAAAAUCAAGACAGAGAGUGGCCGGUAUAUCAGCAGCUCCUACAAGCGUGACCUCUACCAGAAGUGGAAGCAGAAGCAGAAAAUUGAUGACCGGGACUCUGAGGAUGAAGGAUCAUUCAACCAGCGAGGCCCUGGGCCCCGCAGAGGUGGAAAGCGAGGGCGGAGUCAAGGUGGGCAGGGUGCCUCCCUGCCCCGAGCACCCAGUGCCCCCACAGGCCGUAUGCGCUCAGAACUUAAGACCAAGGAACAGAUCCUGAAACAUCGACGUCAGGCCCAGAAGCAGCGCUUCCUGCAGCGCGGAGGCCUGAAGCAGCUUUCAGCACGAAACCGUCGUAGAGCCCAAGAGCUGCGCCAGGGUGCCUUUGGCCGGGGUGCCCCCUCCAGGAAGGGCAAGAUGAGGAAGAGGAUGUAAGGAGCCAGACUCAGCCUAGGGGCUUCCUGAUAGCCCUGGUUUGGACAUCACUGACAUGUUCUCAUGUGCUGUUGGCAGAGUCUCCUACAGGAGCCAGUGUCUAUGAGGAACAGUGCUAUCUGGCCACAGAAAACGGAGGCUGCUUUUGAUGGGACAUUGGGUGAGGUCUUGAAGGAUGCCUAGGCAUUUACCAGCAAAGCUCGGCAGAGCAAGUCCUGAGCCUGCAGCUUAGCUGUCACCCUAUCCAUGAAUUCAGGCUUCAGAAGUCAUGGCCAUGUGGAUGUAUGUGGACCCUGGCUGUCUGACCAGAUGUUAGGUUUCAUUGUAGUAAACUUUUGUGGAACAUCUCUA